CCUUAAUUUCGCGCCACGUACAGAACAACAGGAUGACGUCACGGAGCUAACCCAAAUAACGCUGCUCGAUGUGCCUCAUUAAAUCAAGACAAACUACGAUACUAAAGCAUUAAGACGGUCUACAGGGGGAUAACAUCUAUAUGUAUUGAUCAGCACGUUGGAUAUAAGGUUCAGAGAAGAGGAGAAAAUGGAAGAAAUCACACAAGAUGAUAUCAAUUCACAAACUGAGAACAAACCUAAACUGCCACCAUCGCCCAAACGGCCCAGAACAGAUUGUACAAUGUCAAACAACCACAGUGGGAAAAGCAGGUUUGAUUUUUCAGAGCUUCUGACAUUUCAGAAAGCCUUCGUCACCAAAUCUUUAACAAACAAGUUACAGAAGAAUGACAGCCUUGAAUGCACAGCAGAAUGUGAGGAUGUUGAAGACAUGAAAACUGAAAAGCAACUACAAGACACUCAACCAGUUGUCAUUCCAUGGAACAAGUUGAGUUCUCCACACAGUGACGAUGCAAACACGGGAUCAUCAAACGCCUGUUUUAUUCCUCCUGAAAGGAGUGUCCUUCUGGUGAAAGAUGAGCUGCCCCCAGCUAAUGAAACUGACAAGCUCAGCUCAUACCCGCCAGAUGAUGCAGGUGGGGCAUUAGUGGAGUCUCACACUUCAAAAGAUGCCAGUGCUGACUCGUCCAGUCAGCCUGAUUGCGUCUGUCUGGGGAAAUCACUUGAAGACAAGCCCCCUGGUGGUUGCAAUCUUCCCGCUGGAAAUGGCAGAGAUGGGAGACAGGUGCAAAAUAGUGUCAGUCAAAUCAAAGCAUCCAACCUCAGCUCAAGUGAUGAGCAGGUCAGAUGUCUGUCUGAUUGCACUUGUGAAGGUACUAUUCGUGACACAGGUUUCUGUAACGCAUAUAGCCAGUGUACCGAAGUUGAAGAAUAUAAUCAAAGUGGUGAGGAUGGAUUUAGUGAGGACAUACUCUUAAAUGAGAACGGGGCUAACGGCCCCUUAUCUUACGAUGAUUACGCAGACACUGAAUUAUUCUACUCACUCCCUGAAGAGGACCCCUUCGAGAACACGGCAGAAGGUGCAAAAAAUGAGGCAGAAAUAAUCAAAAUGCAGCAUUGUGAAAAUGAACAUUUUGCUGUCUGUGAUGAGGAAACAAAAGACCAAGUAAAUGAGAAUGGCAUGAGCAAGAACUCCAUCCCUUCUGCUGCUGAGUGGGCUGAGGGAUCAUUUGUUUCUCAUGAUAUGGUAUUAGUCAGAAAUGUUGGAACUGAGACUGCAAGUCUUGAAGCUGAUGACUUCUGUGGGGCAAAAGGAGCCCACGCUGCUUGUACAAUGAUCGCCAAAACUGGGAGUGAAAUGGCUGAUCACACAACAGAGACUCCAAUGCCUGCAAGAAUCAGUCAAGAGCCUGCUGAAGGAGAUAAUGAUGCAGGCCCUUUUGGAGUAAUUGACCCUGCAAUCUUGAGUGAAAGUGACGGGGAGGCUGAGGAGAAACGCUGGAGCUCAGGUAGCGCUGUAGGAGCAGAAUUAUCUCCCUUUGUAAGAAUCUGUGAGGGAGACAUACCUCUGUGCCCGAAUGUCCAGCAACCACAGGAGGACUCAGCUUCUGAUCAAAGCAGAACACACCUGUGCAAAGAUGAAGAAGAGGACUUGUGUCAGUCAUACACAGAACCACAAGCACGUCUCAACUCCACCAUAAAAGAAACAAAAAACAAUGACAAGAAUGAAGACAGCUGUCAGGGGAAGUCUAGUCCCAGCAGCAGCCCGUGCAGUCCGGUAAAGGCUCUUCCUGAUAAAACACCAGAGAGCUCUGACACCGUGGGACAUCAAUCCACAGAGCAGGAUCAGUCUGAUUGUUUCCCUGCCAGUUUAGACAACCUGCUGACACAGGAAGUGGAAUAUUUAUUGGAUGAAAUUGCAAGAAGAGAUGUAGCAACCAAAAUAGAAGAGAAGAAAGAAACAGCCCUUGACAUGAGAAGUGAUGAACAUGAAAAAUUAGAGUGCUUAAUAGACUUCGAGGAAAAACUUCGAGGAAGUGAAAAAUACAAAGAAGACACAUCUGAAAUGUCCAUUGUUGAUUUCAUCGAGUGGGCAGAGGGAAAAAUAAUAAUCAACGGUGGCAACAUGUUAACAUACAUCGAGGAGGAACCAGGAAAUAACCUUGAAUGCUUGAGUGAUCACCCGUACAGUGCUGUUAUUCCAAUGAUGGAGGAGACAACCGAGGAACGUGAAGGAGAGGAAGCAGAAGACAUCGAUGUUAACGGGAGUUCAGAGAUGUUAGUGAAACUAAUGGAUGGUGAACUGAGAGGAGACAACACCAAGGCGUCAUCUGAUGAAUACAUCAGUGAACAGACGGAGGCUAUCAUGAGCCCAAGUGGAGACAAAUUAAUCCUCAAUAGUCAACAAGAGCAAUCAAUCGAGCCCUGUCUCUCGUCUGUUUACCAAAACAGACCGGAGACAGAUGACCUUCUGGCUUUCACUACUCCUCCCUCCAGUGAUGCAGUUGUUCCAGGUCCACAUGAAUUUAGACUUUCACAAAUUGUUGACCCAAACCCCCCAGCCUUCAUGAGUGGUGACGGAUUUUCUGUGUUGCCAUCUGCCUUGCCUUUCUGUGCCCGCAUGACGGGGGCUUUUGACACUUUUGAAAAGAUCGAGCUCUCACCAAACGAUGAUGGUGAUAAUGAUGCUGGUCUGAGGAACAGCCCUCUGCUCACCAGCCUGCCCGAGCAGCUGCUGAACACACCCCAACGACAGCUUCACCAUCCCAUGCCAGAGGCAGAGAGCAAUGAGCACGAGGAGGUGCCACAAGAAGAGGAUGAGGAGGGCAAAGAGGAGGAUGAGGAAAGAUUUGAGUGUCACACUGACAACAUGGCAAAUGGAUUAUCAAGCUGUGAUUACAGUUGUGAUGAACUUUCAAACUUUAUCUCAGCAGCAGAUGUUCCUGCUCCAGGCUGGCCAGAGCAAAAGCCUCACUGCGAAUCAGUUUUUAAAUCCUCUGAGGGCUUUGAGGAGGAGUUAAAGCCACCACCAGUGUCCUGCCAUGUCUCCUCUAAUAUCGACAGUGCAGCCUCUGAUGUGAACAACAAACCCAAGUUUGAGAUGAAGAAAGAAUUUGACAAAGUCCUGAAAGAGCUGAGCUUGUUUUUUGAUGUCAGUAGAAGUGAGUUUGCAUGCUACAGUAGAGAGGCCUCACCUGAGCAGUGUGGUUAUGUAACCAAAACCUGGGAGAGCGACACUCCAGACUUCAAGGGUCCUCUCGCAGGAUGUGAAAAAGACACAUCGUCAGAUGAUGCUGAGGAUGUCCGCAGCCUGGAUGUGUGUGGAGGCGAUCCAGUGGUGUCUUGUGCACCCAGCAGCGGUGAUGGUGAGCAGGAGGUGCCCCUUGGCAGCUGCCAGGACAAGUCCAUGUUCACUGCAGAGAAACACAAAGAGCCCCAGGAGACGGAGCCUAAAAGGAAAACCUGGUCUCCAUCCUUCAUGUGUCAACCCUUCUUGGAACAACUGAGCUACAGACCGCCAGAACCAAACUGGAGACUGGAGCCUCUGAGAACCUGCUCAAGGCCGCUGCGGGUCGGACUUUCAAAGAAGGCCAAGACCAAACACCUUCACCGCCCGCACCCUUACAAAUGAAUGUUAUCAAGAUGAUGUUCACAAUGUAAUGAGGCCAUGGUGUUUGUUUAUUUACACUGUUCAUUGUUCUCUUCCAUCUUUACUGCUGUUUGUGAGUCAUUCGUCUAAAUCUGAGCUGCUCUUUUAGCCGGGCAAAGAUGAUUGUUGGAAAUGACACAGUUAUAUGCAUCUUCUCACCGGAGGUCCCUACAUGAUCACAGUCUGCUGCUGUUUGCUUACUGAGCAGCUCGGCUUGGGAGUGAGUGUCUUGCCUGGAGACAGUCUGGCUGUAUUAGCUUACAAAAAGAAACAUAUUUCACAAAUAUUUAUUUAUUUAUUCAUUAUUUAUUGCAUAUUUAUUUACGGAUUUGUCUGUUUAUUACAUUUGCCUGUUUCCAACCCUGUUUAUUGUUUAAAAAAUGCAUACUCCUAAUAGAUUAACAUUCAGGUGAUCUAACUGUUGAGUAACAUAACAGAUGAACCACAGUGCUGUGUUGGUUAAAACAUUAGUUUUGUGUUCCCUCUUCAUAAUUGUUCCUUAUGUGUUUGACUGUAGGUGUAUUGAUACAGUAUGGUACAGUUCUGUGUGGGUGUAUUCAGUCAGAGUUAAUGAGCCGGUAUGUUCUGUUUUUACUGUUUAACACAUUCACAUGUGCUGGAUGCAACAUAUCCCUGAGCAGUUCUGUAGGAGGUUUGCUGGAAUUGUUUUAUAAACGGUCUGUUCACAAAAAAAGAAUUAAAUAAUCUUGUUCAAUAUUAAAUGUGGUUUCAUGCUU